GGACAACUUAGUUUUUGGGGAGCUGAGCCUCAGAGAGAGGACACUGUUCUGCUUAAUGGCAAGGAGUGGGAAACUGUUGCUUUCAGAACAUGAAGCAGACGGGCUCAUGCAACAUAGCUAGCCUCAUUGCUCAGUCGUGGGAAGUUCCUAAUAUGAAGGAAGGGGUCAAAUGCGAGAGGGAGAUAGAGACACCACGUAAGAAAAUGCGGUGUUAGUUUUGGGCAGUUCACAAUAUGAAGGAGAGAGGAAUUGACAACUUGAAGGUUGAGGAUACGCAGGAGGAGGUCACCCUACCGUCUUCACCCGAAUAGAACGCCCGGUCAUUAUAGCUCUAUUUGACGCAGCUUUCAGUCCAGAUACGGCCAUAAUUACCAGGCGUUCUCUUCGGGUGAAGACAGUAGUCAGUCUGGGAAAUCUAGCGUAGAUGCCACAUUGCCAGCAUAGGAUGUGGCCUUCGGAUUCGACUGGCCUGGUACAUUUGAGGACAAGAGGAGCAUGAAUGGCGCUAUUUUGGAAGUGGAAGGAAAUGCGGCAUGAAGGAGUGAUUGUGAAACGCCGAAAGGUCCCUUACGUCGGACGUCCGUGCAUGUGCAUGCACAAGUGAGUCUGUGUCCAUUUGCAACCUGCGCCUUGGGGUUGUCACUGAGAGGACACUCACUUGGCCAUCCAGAGAGGUCCUUUUGGUCGCAAAAGGACUCCUUGCAUCAUAGAGCAAGGGUCCCCUUUUUGUGGCUGUAGAAGAACAGAGGUAGGAGACGCCCUCUUCAUGACGAAGUAGCAGAGGAACAGGGUAGGGAGCACUCUCUUUAACAUGCAAAAAGGUGCCAUUUUGGUUGUAGACUUAAGAACAGCCGCCUGCUGAAAAUGUUUUGUAGAUUAAGGCAGGUGACGAUAGACUUCAGAAUUCGGCAGCAGCUGUUGAAGGCCUUUCAAAAUCCAGGGGGUUGAAGUGACCAGCACCCCUGGGUCUCCAAUUAAGGUCAUUCAGAUUAUCCCUUUUUUGAGGUGACAUCAUUCUCUUUGCGAGCCGAGGGUGCCAAGGGGGUCGCCGUGUGGCAAGUUAGGCGCUCUGACACUUGAUCGAGGGGGUUGCGGCGUGGCAAGUUAGGCGCUCUGACACUUGAUAAAAAAUGGGUGAGUCGGUUGUGCUCCCACACGUUCAGGGUGCUCCGCCACCGCGCCCACCACAACUCUCUCCGCGUGGUUGCAAAGGAGACACAUAUGUUCCAGGAGCCUCGCCACAACGCCCGCCACAAAUCUCCCCACCUGCUGCCAAAGGGGAUUGGCACUCACAGGGAAUAGGCAGUCCUCCGCCCAUGGAAAUAAACACAAGGGAUUUGCCGGAGAACUUUCGAGUGGGGGUCAUCCGAAAGUCGCAGGAGUCCAACGUCAUGCUGGUCCGGCCGAUGCUCGGCAAGGUACGGCAAGUGACGAUGAAGCUCCCCCCUCCUGAUUAUGUCUAUGGGAUGCCAAGAUCACGUGAUCCAGAAGGUGCAAGGGAAGUUGUUGGAUAUUGGAUGGAGCAUAUUCCAAACUACAGAGGAAAACCAGGCCCAGAUUUUAAGGCCAUGAAUGCAGCAGCUGUCAGACACUAUGCAGUGUGUCCACAUCAUCAGCGGGACUUUCGGAGGCUUCUGCCACUGACCCUGAAGCACUCUGCUCAAUGUAGGCUAAAUUUGAGACCUGAGCUGCCAUCAGAUACAGACCCUCAGCAUACAUAUGGCAGAAGGACAUCUUGUCGUCCAUUGGAGGAGUUGCGAAUCACAGGUGCCACGUCAGCAGUGCCAUGUCAGACACAGUGCCACGUCAGAGUGCCACAUCAGCAGUGCCACGUCAGCAACAUGACGGGGCUGCCAGGCCAACUGGCCAAUGAGCCUAUUGCCGACUACAAAAAGCGCUUCCAGGCUCAGCUCGCUCAAAUCGAGGCUGAGGAACAACGCCAGCUGGCAGCCAAGGCUGCCCAGCUACAGGCUGACGAAGCGGCAGCAGCAGAGAAGCUGCGGCUACAGACCGAAGCAGACGCAUAUGCCCAGGCUCGCCGCAAGGAAGCCCAGGAUCUGCUGCAGCGGCAUGAAGCCACAAGCAUCGACAGACUCAAGUUCUGGCACUUCGAACCGAACGGCGACAAGGCAACACCGAAAGAACAGCAUAAGGAGUUUCUCUCCAAACUCGUGAUGCGGUUGUUGUAUGCUUGCAACUACCAACGGUCCGAGUUGGAGAGACAGUACCAGGACGUGACGCAACAGCAUCAGGAGUUGGCGACGCUCCGCCGCACAAUGCAGGGCCACAAGGAUGCAACUCGGGCACUCAAUGCCCGAUUGCUGGACCUGGAACAGGCUGUACCAGGACCAGCUGCUGGGGCUUCCAGCAGUGCACCCUCUAGCCGCCAACUGGAGGAACGCGUUGACCACGUAGUGGCAAUGCUCGGUGACAUCAGCACCUUCGCUGCGCCGACCACCAUCAGCAGUCAGCUGCAUACAUUGAAGACCGAGGUCCAGCAGCUGCAGUUGACGAACGUGGAUGACAAUCCGAAUAUGUACAAGAUGCCAACUUUCCAACUGGACAAGUUCGACGACUACACGCAGCAGGAUCCGGUCCUCUGGUGGGAAGCAUUCACAACGCAACUCAGGAUUCUGCCCGUAGCCAAGCAUGCGUACAUCGGCGCCCUGUUCCUGAACUCAAAGGGCGGAUGCCAGACCUGGUUGAGCCACCUGGCAACCUCCCACGGCGUCGACGUACCAGACUUGAAGGACAAAAUCACAUGGGAGGAACUGACACGGUUGUGGAAGAAGCGGUUCAUCAUCGACGACGCGCCGGCACUCGCCAUCAACCGUCUGUUCACUAUGUCAGAGGGCAACACUGCAACACGGGACUAGCUCACGGAGUGGCAAAAGAUUGCGGCAGUGCCCAAUCUGGACUUGCCAUUCAUACAUCUCAGACGUGAGUUCUACAACAGA